AUGAAGAUGCACAUGUUCCUCUUGUACAGCCGGGAUGAGUUGUACAGUUCAGGUUACGACGGCAUCGAAGAUAUGGACUGUGGCGAGGACUUAGUUCUUGAUAGGGUCCACCUCCUAUGUGUCGUCCCCAACUGCCAAUGCAAGAUGGUGAUCGAGCGACUGCCACCUCGCAUUAGUCUUCGACAGGUUGCUUCCAUGUUUGACAAGCAGCGAGUGGCCCGAAACCUGGAAGAAGCACGUGCCAAGGAGCCUGGCAGACUGAAGGAAUUGGAACACUAUGACCCGGAUAUAGUCGCCAUGCUACAGCGAUACUCCAGAGAUUGCCUGGACACAAAGCCCGGCGAGGAUCCCCGCAGAAUCAAGCUCCACAACAAAAAGUUUAUGGUUGCUUUUAAGAACGACUUUGAUGUGUUGUGGCGUUCGCUUGGCUGUACCCAGCAGAGGCACCCUGAUGGAGAUGAGGCUUGGGUCUUCCCAGUCCUUGAAGAGUCUUCUAGUACACGGACAAACUGGGGAACCUUCCGCGCCAGAUGGGAAGAUGUCGAGGCCGAGUGUAGAGCACUUGGCGCCAAACCUGCUGAGCCCUCUAGCCGAACAAUCAGAAGUGCUUGGGACAUGCUGAAACGAGUCAUCGGUUGCGCUGUGUACGACCAUGAGAACAGCCACCGUGAUGUCGAGGAAGCUGACAUAGCUCUGCUGGGUUGCUGUCGAAAUUUCAAACCCAAGGACGUUGUCCAAGUAGCCGUACUACUUGCAGAGAGAUGUCCGCAACGGUAUGAGGAGUUUAUUGGAGCUGCUGCACGAGUUAUCAAAGAGGACUACAAUGCCGCUGAGGCACUCGCCAUGUACCAGUCCGAAGUAGAGAGCAGACCGAAAAAAGAGGUCUUGGAUGCUUUCAAGUUUUUCGACGCCAGCAUCGAUCAGAGAGCACCGGACCACUUCAUAAGCAGAUACCUGGUCAUGGUUGAUGCUGACAAGUCCAUUCCUUUCAAAAAGCGUGCUCUGGAAUGUCUGCAGAUCGUCGGAAAUCACUUGGGUACGGAUUUGUCCGGUCCAAUAUCCCCAGAGGAUCUAUCGUUGCUCCAUGCUUCGUCCACGAGCUCCAAGAUGAGCGUUUCUGAGGCCAAGGCCAUUCUGAAUAGUGCCGACCUUGAUUAUACUGAUGAGAUCUUGCAGGAUAUAGCCCAAGACGUGACGGCAGAUCGCGCGCGAGUUGCAGAGGCUCUUGAGGUGUUUGCUGAACACCAUCAAGCAUCGAACCCCGCUCUUGCAGCUCAGCUUGUUAGUUGGGCCGGUAUCUUCAAGUCGACUAAUCACCCCGCUAUCGACGCUUCCCCUCCCACAACAAAGCAAGCAAUCGACCCGAACACACCUCCGGGUCUUCACAACAUCGGCAAUACCUGUUAUCUGAACAGUCUAUUGCAGUACCUCUUCUCUGUCACCACUAUUCGUGACCUGGUGGUUAACUAUCCUGAUCACAGUCUCGAUCUGAAUUCCGAGGCUGUCACCAAGCGGAGACUUGGCUUUGCAAACGGCCUUGAAGUCAGUCUGGAGGAGGCAAUCGUCGGAAGGCAAUUUGUCGAAUGCCUGCAGUCGCUCUUCAAAGAUCUCUUGUCAACCCCCAAUAUUGCGAGCGAACCGUCGCAGAAACUCGCCAACACGGCUCUUCGUUCAGCUUCGACCCUUUUGGAGAUGGAAGAGAAGGCCAGAAAGUCUGGAAACACGGCUCCACCUUUGCCUGCUCGUCCUUCUCCUGGACCACCCGAAUCGACUUCAGCUGAGACCAACAAGAUCAGUGUCACUGUUCAGCCUAUCAACGAUUCGGUCGAGACCGCCAGUAACGUGAGCUCCCAGACUCUUGUAGACGACUACGGCAACGUGGCCAAUGACAAUAUGGAUGAGAAUACGGGAACAACGCAGGAAUCCCCUCGUCCUGUGGCGCAGCCCACCCCUUCCCAAGCGCCUGAUCUAGAAAAGCUAUCAGAACAUCCCACCGUCGACAUUUACAACCUGGAAACCGUGUCCGAGAGGAUUUCGCAGCUUUUGGAGCAGUCUGAUAGGAAGGGAACAGACCAGCAGGAUGUCGAGGAGAUUAUUGGUUUCAUCAUCGAACACCUCAUGCGCUCCAUCUCCUCCAAUGGCCCGAUGCCCGGACGGUCUGAUCUUCAGGCAGACACCAUCACAGAAACAUUCUUUCCGAUUAUGAGUAAUUAUGUGCUCAACCCCAGAACCUCGGAUGUCGAGAGCGUUCAAUUGGUCCCGGACAGAUGGAUCAACGCAUUUCCGCACGACCAGACGGGGGUUUCCACCACGAUAUACCAGGCGCUGGACCGUAACUUUACCCUACAAAUGCUCGAAGAUGGCAGUAAAAGGGCACGUUACAACGCAUUGCACAGUCUUCCACCAAUUUUGCACAUACGGAUUCAGCGAUUGACUUCGGCUAGCGCCAAGAAUACAAACCCCAUCCUCCUGGUCGAUGAACUCUAUCUGGACCGUUACAUGGACACACCUCGUGACUCCAAGCUUGCUCUCAUGCGCAGCCAGGACUGGGCUAUGCGAAACCAUCGGCUGUUGAUGGAAGACCAGAUUCGCGCGGCUGGUAUAUCCUCGAAGACUCAAUCGGAGCAAAAAGUGAACAAUAAUGAGGAUAGUAACGUCGAGAAUAUCGACCCCGGUCAACCCUCUGCACUGGAUUCCUACGAGGAGGUAAUGAAGGGAAUCUUGGAUUUGGCUCCUCAUGGUUUCAAGCGCCCUAUCAAGAAGCGCAAUAUCGACUCAAGCUCAAAGAGGAAUGACAGCUGCUUGCAAGAUAUCAAUGCCUUGCUGAAGAAGAACGAGAGUAUGGCUAUUGAGAGUUUAAAGCCGACCCGCACUGAGGAGGAUGUUGCUGCGUACUACGAGAGCUUGACUCAGCACAAGUACCGCCUGCACGCCAUCAUCUGUCACUCUGGCAAUGCUAGAGCCGGCCACUACUGGAUCUGGAUCCGUGACUUUGAGCGCAACGUCUGGAUAAAAUACAACGACAGUACCGUGACUGUCGACACCCGCGAACCCCAGGCCGUCAUUGAUGAGCUCAAUACGACUGGAGAUCCUUGCUAUGUCGCGUAUGUCCGCGAUGCUGACAAGAGCAACUUGGUUGGAAUUCCGAAGCGAGCACCCAUUACACAAUCGACAAGCGAUAGUGUCAACGUCGAGACGAUUGAAGGUGUUGCACCCGACACUGAUACUGAGAUGCCGGAUCUAAUUAAUCUACCUCAGGAGCAUGCCGCUAAUACCGACACCACUAUGGAGUUGGAUGACUCUCGUCCCUACCAGCUUCUGUAG